ACAAUCGGCCGAAAAUAUAGAAUGAAGAAAAUGUGGUUUCCCCCAGUGCUGAAGCUACUUGUAUUUUGGCUAUUAAUUUCCGGCUCCUGCACCGCCCUCCAGUCGAGUGUGCGACGAGCAAAGCGUCUCUCCUCACCAGAAUUUAAUGCUGAAAUAUACACGAAGCUGACCAAGUACGUGGUGUCCUUCAGGUCGCGCACGCCGGUAAAACACUUCGGCGACAAUCACUACUGCGGCGGAUCGAUAAUAUCGCCAGUGUUCGUAUUGACUGCUGCAAGCUGCGUUAUGGACGAACGCAAGAUACCCCAUAGUAACCGACUCCUGCAGAUCGUGGCAGGAGCCCCGGACCGACUGAGGGUGCUUAGAGGCAACACCAUCAAUAUUCCGAUAAGGGAGAUCUUUGUGCCGGUCAACUAUACCCUCUACCACACUUUCAACAUCGCGCUUGUGAAGCUGGGCUUUGCCCUGCCCUCAAAGAACCCACACAUCGGAAUACUCGAGUUGCCCACAAGUCCGCCGAUUCCUGGACAACAGUACAGGGUCCUGGGCUGGGGCCGCAUGUAUGCCGGCGGCUUCUUGCCAGCGAAAAUCCUGUACAUAGACGUAAUGCUACAGACGCAAAAGACCUGUAGCUCGUUGCUGGAAAACUACGAGCCCGAAAUGCUGUGCGCCGGCCAUCUGGAUACCACCAUCGAUCAGAAUCCCUGCCCCGGCGAUACUGGCAGUCCCCUCAUGGACAAUACCACAAUUUAUGGCAUCGUUAUUUAUAGCCUCGGCUGCGGGCACAAGCAAAUCCCAUCGGUCUAUACGAAUGUGUGGUAUCACUUGAGCUGGAUCAUAGCAAUUACAAAGCGGAAUGCCAGCACAUUGAUACGGAACCGGCUCCUCCUCUUGCUGCUGAAUGUAAUCAUAUCUCUGUGUUCAAAUAUGCUCUAUUAGUUCGUUGGGUUACUUUCAUACACCUAAAGUUAUU